AUGAACCAUUUAUUAUUCGAAGAAGCGCUUGGAGAAGAAGAUGAAUAUCAAAGAUUAACAAAAAUAAGCGAUGCUAUCAAACUCGUUGCAGGAGCGAUAAUGAGGAUUAAAACUUUUAAUAAUUGGCAAAUUUUAAAAUACAGUAAGAAUUCAUUAGCAAACUAAAUAGUGAUUUGUUCUUAUCCCUUUCAGUAGGAGGUAAUACAGUUAUUGAUGAACACAAUCUUUGACUAUUUUUAAGAUAUUGAAUUUCUGAAUGCUUUCGAAAAAACAUUACUGGAGAUAGCUUAGUUGAAAGAAUAAAGAGUGUUUCUAAGCACGAGAUCGCAAUCUCUAAGGAUAGGGGUUCUUUAGCAAAAGUAGCAAUUAUUAUUAGAAAUUAGUUAUAAUAAUCUGAAUAUAAGAAAAGAGUAGCUAAAAUAAAGUGCUAUUCCAUUUGCUAAGGCUGUGAUAGAGCAAUUGACAGUGGCAAAGAAAUUCGCAGCUUCCUAUAUUAAAAAGUACCUUGUAUUAGCAAAAACUCUAAAUUAAGACAUUAAACAAAGAGUUUUCAUAAUAAAGGAUUUCGUGGUGAAUACUAGAGAUCACCAUUUUAUAAUAUUACUAAUAAAUACAUUCGAAGAAUUAAAACAAACUGAAUUGAAGGAUUAAAAAUGGGUAGUCGAUUUUGAUCAAGACAUCGAGCAUUAUUGUGCUUAAAACAAUAUUUUAGUACCUCUUUUUAUAGAAAAGUAAAAUAAACCUAAAUAAUAUGAGUAAAAUUCAUCUGACAGUAGUUCAGAUGAUGGUGAAUUUCAUUAAUAAAAUAAAUAACAUAAUUCGAAUUCUAGUAGCGAGAAAUAAUCCAUAGUUGAUGAAGAAGAGUUGUUGUAAAGGUGGAUUGCAUAAAAAUAAUUAAUUUUUGAAUAAUAAUAAAUCGAAAUAGUUUCUAGGGAAGAAAAUUUACUUGCCUUAAUUGAUUUUAUCUUAAAUCCAAUUGAGUAAUAAAUAGAUGAUUGUUGGAAAGAUCAAUAUCCAAUGGUAGAUAUUACUGAUGAUGGAUUAUCUAAUAAGAUAAGAAAUCAGAAAAUUGAAUUUUAUGCCACAGUCAGAUCUUUUAAUACUGCUUAAAUGUUUCAUCACAGAUAAAAUCUAGAAAAACUGCAACAAUAUAAUCCAACAUUCUUAUAGAAGUUUUUUAGGCAAACUUCGGAAUCUUUUUAAAAUAAGAAUAGAAAUUUAAAUUUGUAUCAUCUAGCUCUAACUAUAGAUUCUUGUUUAUCUUCCUUUCCUAAAAGUUCUAUGGCUCUAAUUUUAGAAAAUUAAUUACUAUUUGCAUUUUCUAGUUAUAUAUAUAAUCCAUUAAUCAUGGGAUUAUUAAUUGAUAUACAUUAGAUCUAAUUUAACAAAUAUGAUUUCGGCCCUGCUUUUACUGAAUAAAUUUGGAAAUACUAACUCUUUACUGAUUGGUUUAUGUGGUUAUAGAACAUAUUAUUCGAAAAAGAGAAUGAUUAAAAACUAUUAGAUCAAUAAUAUAAGGGAGAUAACCUUAUAUUCAUAAUUAGAUGUCUGAAAGAAUUGAGUAAAAAAGAAUAGAAAAUUGCAAAGUCAAAAACUUCAGAAGAUAAUAAAAUUAAAUUGACAUCUUUGUUCGGAUCACUUUAGGCUGGGAAAAGUUUGAUGGUGUAAAAUGCCAAAGAUUAUGACAAUUGGAAAGUGAACUCAAAAGUAAAAGAGCAUUUAACGCUUGAAGAAUUUAAGUCUUAAGAUUAUGAUAACCUAAUGGAUUUUAUCAAAUAGAGAGACUAAAUAUAUAAAUAGUAAUUGGAAUAAAAAAUUUAAGAUGAAUUGUAGAUCUAAAUUGAUAAUAUACAAUUAAAGAGAACUUCAAGAGUUCGCAUGUCAUAAGUCAACAGUAGCCUUUGUAAAUCGCCUAUGUCUAACUCCAAACUUAUAUUCUAGUCAACCUCACCUAAUUAAAGUCAAACUAAUAGCUAACCUAAUAGCAGUCGCUCUAUUAAAUUGCCGUCUAUAUAUGGGAACAGUUAAUACAAUGAAUCCAAAUUCUCAAACUAUGGCUCCUAGGGAGAAAUUAGUCUCGAUUUAAAAAGUAGGAAUAUAAGUAUAUUUGGAUAAUCUCCUAAAAAUAGUAAACUUGGUUUAGCCAGUUAAAGAAGACUUAAAACAGAAAAUGAUGAUGCUGCUAUGAAUUCUAUUUAGUCGAAUGAUGGUUUUUCUAGCAGCAGACUUAUAACUAUAUAUCCAUCCAAACAAGCAUAAAUUAAAUUUGAAUAAUCAAAGAUUGUUUAACGAUAAGACUAAAGCGUUGUGGAAAAUUGUCUAAGCUUUUUUAGUGAAAUACUAAAAACUAUACUAGAUUACUUUUAGUAGCCAAAUAAGACUAAUUUGUAGUAAUUAAAUGAAUAAAUUCUCAUUCAACAAAUAUUGAGUAUGAACUUCUUAAAUUCAAUCUUUGAAAUAUACUUGUCAAGCAUUAUAGAUUAAAAUGUUUCAUAGUAAAAAAUUGGAGAAAGUUGUGGAUAGCUCAUUAAUUUAAUAUAUCAUAAAAGCCAUCAUAUUGAACUCUUUUAAUUGUUAAGAGAAUAGCUAAGAACGAUCUUCCUUGCUAAUGUUGACAAUUUAACAAGGGCUAUUGUGGCAUUAAAUAAAUAGAUGAGAUUAACAUCAAAAUUUGUGAACAAGUGUUAAUUAUAGCUUUUGUUAUAAACUUACUUUUUUGGGUUCAAUUUGUUUAGCAUACAUACUUAGUUAAUAAGCACAUCAAACAUUUAUAAACACCUAAAUGAAACUGUUAUGCACAUAUUUAUAAUUUGGUAUUUUGAUAGUCAACAAAAUAAUUGCUAUUAGUACUUCUUUACCAAGUUUUUAACCAUUUUAUUUGCAAAGGCUCCCUUUUAAUCACUAUCUAAUAUUUUGUUUAAUAUUGGAUUAAUAAAUUCAAUAUACAAUGCUUUACAAUAGUUCUGGGUUAAUGGCAUGAAGAGCAGCUGCUUUGAGGCAGGAGUCUAUUUUUAUAUGAGAAUGAUAGUUUACGUUAUAAACAAGGCACUAAAUCAUAGAAAUAUAUAGAUUUUAAAAGAGUAUUUGCAACCAUUAGAAUCUUGGAAAGGUGUUUGCAAGCUAAUACCUGAAGAAGAUUCAAAUUAUAUGAUUGAAUUGCAGGAACUACUCAAAACUGGAUAAACCCCUAUUAGAAGAAUUCAACUCAAAAGAACCAAACUCGAAAAAUUAAAAUCUUAAUUGACUGUUGAUUGUUUUGAUAGCAAAUUAAGAGAGAUUAAAUAAUUUGAAUAGGCUUAAUAAGAGAAACAAAAAUUAUAAUCUACUCCCAAAAUUCCAUAAUAAGGGAAGAAACUACCACCCAGAUUAAGUUAAAGAUCAUUUAGAAACCGAACAAGUCUGAAGAACGACAAUUGAUCAUAUAAAUUUUAGUAAUUAUAUUACUUAAA